AUGGAGGGCAAGGAUAUCAACAGUCAAGCCUCCGGACAUGAGUCCGGAUAUGCUUUCACACCUCCUUACCCACAGAGCUACAACAUGCUUCCCUUCGGAGCACCUGGCAUGCUGGGCUUUGCUCCGCAGCAGGGACAGUAUAUGAUGGCCCCAGGCAAUCCGAAUCCGUCCCAGCCAUUGCAGCAGGAAGGCCCCUUCAUGUACUCUCCUUUCUACGGUAUGCAGAGUAUGGCUCACGCUCUUCCUGGCGUCAUAGGACGAGCCCACGGGAUGCAAACUCCGAUGCCUGCCUCGAACACUCAGCUUCAGCUUUCGGUCCGUCCCAAGCAGACGGGGUUCGCAGCAGCUGGCUCUCACUGGGCUCCGCGCUCUUCUUUGCACCAGCUCCUAGAGCAUGACUCUGAGAGUCGUGGGAUAGCUACCCAGGCUGCUGACUGUGAGAAAAGUUUCGACACGGUGGCCCUACCCACCGAGAUGCCGUUUGGGAGCCAAGUCCACAACAGAAUGCCCCCUCAAUGGGGAGUGGUAAAGAUCGCGAACAUUCCCUACUCAGUCACCCGGCAGGAAAUCAUUCAGUUUCUAGGUCGCCAGGCACGCCUUAUUACUCCGCAACAGGGCUGCGCAAUCCAUAUCAUAAUGGAACGUUCCACCGCUAAGACAAUGGACUGCUAUGCGGAGUUCCAGUCCGCGAAUGAUGCCCAGGAGACAGCUACUCGCAUCAACCGAAUUUAUGAGACUGGCCGCGCGCCUCGUCUGGGUAAUCGCUCUGUUGAUGUUGAGUUCAGUAACCAAGACGCUCUGCUCAAGGACCUGUUCCCUCGUGCCAAGUGCAUCAUCUGGAAAGAUGCUAUGCCUACCGCCGUCCCCAAUGAUGACCCCUUUUCUACUGGGUUCUCGGGUUUUUUCACCAGCGAGGAAAUCGUCAAUGCCAUUCGCCAUGCAGAGAUACCGCACCGUUCUCCAUUCUGUGCGAAGUGUCCUCAGCGCACUUACGAGUCCACCAUCAGCACACUCUACAAGUUCCCGUGGUACGCUACCAAGCUGUACACUGUGCAUGACCGCAAUCAGUUGUUUGAGCUGGUUAGUCGGCACAUCCUAUCUCUCGUUGCGCGAGUCAAGAGGUCGAACACAGUUGGUCUUGACCAAAGACUGCUGAGAGAACUUCUUUAUGCUGGAUUGAAUUGUCCUGCCUUCAAUGAGCGCCAGAAGUACACGCUGUGUGUCAAUUCGGAGGAUACCACAGAGAUCUUGAAGUUCCCAGAUAUGGGCAAAUGGUUCCCUUUCGAUACUCUGGUCAAGUUGCCAAAGACCGAAGAAAGUACGCUGCUGCUACCGAACAACUUCCCUUUGACGAACAUUCACCUUGAGUCUCCUUACGGUCCCAUCUGGUUCGAAUGGCCAUCCAACAUAGCUAAGACCAUGACCUGGGAAGACGCUUCCUCGCAUGAGAUGAGCAUCCUUAGCCAUCUUGUCCUGACGGGCUGGAUGAAGAACGACCAGGAGAACACAAAGAAAUCCGGCCUACUGCCCGAAUCCACUACCGGAAGCAGUCGCGAGUCCCAUGCCAAUACCAUCGUGUCAUCUGGGAGCGAUAAUAGUCCAAUCAAUGUUCGGACAUCUUCCAGGACUGAUAUUUUCGCGACACCUUCCCGCCGUGCAAGCGUUCAACUUGGCAGCCGCAGCUCCUUCGCCGAGAGCAGCGAUGACGGCUGGCGCCGUGCAAUGUAUAUGCAUUCUUCGGCUGGCAUGCGAGGUAGGUUUCCUGGUCAUCGGAAUACCCUGUCGUCUCCCACUUGUCUUCCGUCCGCAGGCAACCCUUAA